UUAAAAAUCGUCUUCUCACACCGUUGGCGGUUCACUACUACUGUCUCCACAUGUCGCUUCGGGCAAUUCAACAACUUCAUUAGGUCGAAAACUGAAAUGUCUAUCAACGUCUAUGUACUACCUGUGAGACAAUUCAUCUCAAUAGUGGAGGAAUUCCAGUUGUCGCUCAAAUACAACCGAAAUUCAAUUAUUCACUACCUAAAACAUCCUAAUACAAACAAGCGGUCUGGAAAGCCGUAUAUUUGAGCUAAGAACCCCUAACCCCUAAGGACAUAAGCAAUUAGACUAAUAUCUAAUUUAGUAUGAUGAGGCCAAGAACCGGGGAGGCACAGAAAUUCGAGAUUCAUGGGAGUUCUAUUAGGAUGGGAGGUUCUAGAGGCUGUGAUGCAUGUAAUGGUUCAUCGGAAUGGAGUUGUCAAAAGAGAAUUUGAUUACCUUACUGUACCAAGGGUUGCCGGACCUCAGGGGGACUUAAUCCGUCUGUGGGGCUUCCGGAACCCAACUUGCUUAAUACAUAGCUAAAGAGCACUGUAUCGCGUCAAAAGCCUAAGGCGUAAGCUCUUGCAGAGCGUGAUAGAUUGAUAUCUUAUAAUCUGACACCGUAGGGACCUCUAGCGACCUUUCUUUUUCAGGUCAAUAAAAUUUAACGGACAAAAAGAGCAGUAUACUAAGCACAAUGUUCAGUUCUCAACUUUACCGGGAACCUUAAGGAAGAGCGCGCGCAAGGGCUGCCUUAUAAUUCAUCAACUCUUCGUUGUACUUCAACCACAGGUCAUCAACAGAGUCGAGAGAUAUCCUCUUGAGGUUUUACCUUCAACUUGCAAGCGAUCGUUUUCAAUUCUGGAUGUUCGCAUCUACUUCCUCUAUGUCAUUGAGAAUGCCGUCACGUUUGGUUCUGGAUGAGUGGUCGUGAGGGUUCCUUAGAAUAUCGAAGAGGGCAUUCCAGG